AUUAGUCCUUAGGAGAUAUUUUGCUGAUAUGGCGCUCUUACGAGUCUAGUAUAAGGCAGCUUCUAAGCAUUUUAGAUAAAUAGAAUCUUUUUGUAGGUUUGUGGUUCUCAACAAUAUUAAAAUUUAAGUUGUAAAUCUUAGAAUUAAGAAUCUAUAUAUGCGUAUGUGCUUGAAUCAACAUAUUUUAAUGUUCGUAUGAAGAAAUUAUCAGGAAUCGGUGCCGCAUGUUGACUUUGAUUUUCAUCUUCUUGGGUCUACACAGUAACAUACAUGAGCGCAGCAAGUAGUAGUAGUAUGUCGAAUUUGUUGAAAAAAGUUUGGGGAUCAGUUUCAAGCCGCAGUUCCAAUAAUAAAUCAUCAUCAUGUAAUCAUCAUCGUCAUCAUGAGGAAGAGGAGGAGAUAAAGAUAAUGAUGAAAGGAGGAGGAGGGUUGGGGUUGGGGUAUUUUGAGAGGAUACCAAAUGAUAUAUUUUUAGAGAAAAUAAUAAGGUUAGUGGAUGCCAAGGAUGUUGGGAUGCUCACCUGUGUUUGCAAAUCAUGGAAACUGUUAUUAUCUACCGACAAUCACUUAUGGGCCUUUUUCCUUCAACAACUUCCUCUUCCUCUCGAUCUUGUUCACUUCUCCGAGAUUUACCUCCGUCAUCCUCCUCCUACUAACACUCUUCAACAUCAUCAUCGAACAUAUGCUCCUGAUGAUGAUAGUCAUAAUCAUCAAAUGCUGUUGGAGCUGUAUCAAUAUUCAUUUAUGGAUAUCUAUCGCCAAAGACAACAAGUCCCUGGGACCAUCAUCAUUGAUGGUGGUUCUGGCUAUUGUAAGUUUGGUUGGAGCAAAUUCGACUCUCCAUCUGGUCGCUCUGCAACCUUCUUAGAAUUUGGUAAUAUCGAGUCUCCUAUGUACUCGAGGCUUCGUCAUUUCUUUUCAACAAUUUAUGCCAGGAUGCAGAUGAAACCCUCCACACAACCAAUUGUUGUCUCAAUUCCUAUAUGCCAAUAUGAUGAUACUGAAGCUGCUAAAGCAGCCAGAAAACAACUUAAAGAAGCCAUAUACUCGGCAUUAUUUGGCAUCAAUGUUCCUGCUGUUUGUGCAGUCAGCCAGGCAACUUUAGCUUUGUUUGCAGCUAAAAGAACUUCAGGAAUUGUUGUCAAUAUCGGUUUUCAUCAAACCUCUGUUGUUCCAAUAUUGCAUGGUAAAAUAAUGCACAAAGUGGGUGUGGAAGCUGUGGGAGUUGGAGCCUUAAAGCUUACCGGAUACCUUAGGGAGCAAAUGCAGCAGAGAAAUCUUCAAUUUGAUUCAUUAUACACUGUGCGAUCACUGAAAGAGAACUUGUGUUAUGUUGCUCUCGACUAUGAAGCCGAACUAUGCAAGGAUACCGAAGCAUCAUAUGAAGUAGCGGCUGCUGGUUUGUUUACUCUCAAGAAAGAGCGUUUUCAAACCGGAGAGAUUCUAUUCCAACCACGUAUAGCAGGAAUGCGUGCUAUGGGUUUGCAUCAUGCAGUAGCCCUUUGUGUUGACCAUUGCCACGCAGCUGAGUUAACAGCCGAUGAAAGCUGGUUCAAGACUAUUGUGUUGGCCGGGGGAACUGCGUGCUUACCAGGAAUAGCAGAAAGAUUAAAGAAGGACUUGCGUGUUCUUCUAUCACCAUCCAUAGCUGAUGAAUUAAAAAUAAUUACACCCACAAAUGGUGCAGAUGCUGCAUGGUAUGGUGCAAAGAUUAUCAGCAAUUUGAGCACCUUUCCAAACUCCUGGUGCAUCACAAAGAAGCAGUUUCGGUCAAAGGCCAAAAGAAACCAUGUAUAGUGAAGUUGAGAUUUAGGGAUUUUAUAGCGGCCAUAAGAAUAGAUCAAGAGCCAAGCGGCUUAUGUAGCAGUUGCAAUGUAUCUUGAUAAAAGCUUCAACAUAACAACGUGGUGAUCAUAGUAACUUUUACUGUUUUCUUAUAUAGUGUAUCUUUUUGACCCUAGAGGGUUGGCUCAUACAAGUGAUAAACAUAUCAACCAAUAUGCUGUGGGUUCCAAUGCCAUGGUGGACAUUUUGUAAAUAUCUUUUUACUUUCUGACGGAUCAUUUUUCCUUUA